AUGGCCCGCUUUCUGCUUCCGAUGCACCUCUUGCUUGUUCCCAUUUUCGGGGAGAAUGAUUCACUCUGCCGACUUCGGGGAAGGUUUGACUUGCCUCGGUUUUGGAAGGACGGAGAUAUAGUGGUUGGCGGGUCGUUCAACAUCCACUACUACCGAGAGGAGCAAUCUCUCGACUUCCGAUCACCCCCCGGAGCCCCCGUGUAUCGCUUCUAUAUGCACUGCACAACUUCUAACGCUGUCUCGCAGUUUGAUUUCACGCAGUUCCAGUUCGCCCAGACCAUGAUCUACACCAUCGAAGAAAUAAACAGGAACCAGACCCUCCUGCCCAACAUUACCCUGGGAUAUCAGAUCCACGACGGGCUGCGGGGAUCCCGCGAUGUCAACCAAAUCACGGACGCGGAGUCCAUGCAGUCCGUGGCGGUGGCGAGGGUCAUUACCCCCUUCAAUGUUACAAUGUUUAGUUAUUCCUCCGCGUACGACUAUCUCAACAACAUGUACGAGUUCCCAACUUUUUUCCGAACCAUUCCAAAUGACUAUCACCAAGUCGACGGUCUAGCCCAGCUUGUCAAGUACUUUGGAUGGAAUUGGAUUGGGACAAUAAGGAGCAACUCCACUUAUGGUGCCUUGGCCAUGGACGAGAUCAUCAAGAGCAUGAGGAGUCUCGGUAUUUGUAUUGCGUUCUCGGCGGCAGUCCACAAGACGGACUCCAAAGCGAAGCUUCAGAAUCUCAUCAAAACCAUCAAAGAAGCCAGCACCAAAAUCGUUGUGGCCUUUGUUGCUCAGGCAGACAUGGCGGUUCUGCUCCAGGAAAUCGUCCGCCAGAACGUGACGGGGAUCCAGUGGAUCGGUAGUGAGUCUUGGGUCACAAUGCCUAACUCUCUCCGAGAGGCGGCAAGAUUCCUGGCAGGGACAGUGGGUUUUGCCGUUCCCAGGGCAACGCUGCCAGGAUGGAAAGAGUUCCUUCUCCAGGUCCAUCCUUCGAAGUAUCCAGGAAAACGUCUUCGUCAGGCAGACGGUGGGGCUCAGGGUAAACUCUGCACGGGCGAGGAAAGGUUGGAAGAAGUGGACAACCAGUACACUGACGUGUCACAGCUGAGAAUAGCUUACAACGUCUACAAAGCAGUGUAUGCAAUAGCAUAUUCACUUAACAUUAUGCUAAGUUUAAACAGCAAAUGCCUGUCUAAGAAUGGAGAAUACAUAUAUUUUGAUGAAAACUUGGAUACAGUCCCAUUAUAUGAAUUGGUAAACUGGCAAACCAAUUCUGAAGGAGUUCCUCAUGUUGUAACAAUUGGACACUAUGAUGGACUUGUAGAAUUUGAGAAAAGACUACACAUAAACAAAGAGGACAUUAUUUGGAUAGAUGGAAAAAACGAGGUUCCUCGUGGAGUUUGCUCUGACAGCUGUCUCCCUGGCACUUGGAAAACUGUCAAGAAAGAAAUGCCACUGUGUUGUUUUACCUGCAUACCAUGUGGAGAUGGUGAGAUCAGCAACAUGACAGGUUCAGUGUCUUGCUUAAAGUGUCCUCCAGAGUACUGGUUCCAACGAGGAAACCAAUGCGUGCCUAAGAAAAUUGAAUUCCUCUCCUUUGACGAUGAGAUGGGAUGUUCACUUGUGGCCCUUGCGGUGAUCGGAGCCUUUUUAACAGUAGCGACGGCUUUUAUCUUUUACAAACACAAAGAAACGCCUCUUGUCAAGGCCAAUAACUCAGAACUGAGCUUCCUGCUUCUGUUUGCAUUAACCCUUUGCUUCCUCUGUUCCCUGACCUUCAUUGACCGCCCAUCUGUCUGGUCUUGCAUGUUGCGCCACACAGUUUUUAGCAUCUCUUUUGUUCUCUGUCUCUCUUGUAUUCUGGGGAAAACCAUUGUCGUGUUGAUGGCCUUCAAAACCAGACUUCCCAACAACAAGAAGCUCAAGUGGUUCAGCCGAAUGCAUCAAAGACUGAAUGUCUUUAGUCUUACCUCUGUCCAAACCAUAAUAUGUGUUAUCUGGCUCACCACCUCACCUCCUUUCCCUGUUAACAGCACUAAGUACUACAAAGCUAUCAUUAUACUAGAGUGCAAUGUCGGAUCCAUGGUGUACUUCUGUUGUGUGUUCAGUUAUAUUGGCGCUCUUGCAUGUCUAUGCUGUGCUCUCGCAUUCUUAGCACGAAAGCUACCUGACAACUUCAAUGAAGCAACCUUCAUAACCUUCAGCAUGCUAAUUUGUGCUGUCUGGAUCACCUUCAUUCCAGCUUACGUCAGCUCCCCUGGCAAGUACUCAGUGGCCGUCGAGGUGUUUGCAAUCUUGGCGUCCAGUUUUGGGUUGCUUUUCUGCAUUUUUGCUCCCAAGUGUUACAUCAUUUUGCUUCAACCAGAAAAGAACACAAAAAAAUAUUUAAUGCAGAGAUCCCAAGGGAAAAAGACCUGA